GGAAGUGAGCUCAACUGCUUUAAGAACAAUUUCUCAUGGAACCCGAAGCCUUAGAAAUCUGCCCUUACAACCCUCACCACCGAGUCCCGCUCAGCAGAUUUCAGUACCACCUGGCAUCGUGCAGGAGGAAGAACCCCAAGAAAGCCAAAAAGAUGGCCAGCUGCAAAUACAAUGCCUGCCACGUGGUCCCCAUCAAGAAGCUGGAGGAACACGAGGCGGCCUGCGUCAACAGAAGCACAGUGGAGGAGGAGGACGGCUUGCACCCCCUGAAAGCUAGCCUUCCAAGUUCAGAGCAGAAUGGAAAUGCUCUUCCAGGGCCCCCCUGGCUCCCCAGUUCUGAUGUCUGGAAUGUCGAUGGCACUAACUGCCAUCCCAUGUUUGUCCUUAAGACUUUUGUUCCCCAAAAGCUUGUCUGUGAAAGCGAUACAAGAGAGUCAGAGAGAGAAGCCCACACCCCGUCCCUGACCACCCCCCAGAAGACCCUCAGACCAGGAGAGUAAACCACCAGCAGCAGAAAGGAGCCGCUCGC